AUUUAAAGCGACAAAACCAAUUGCAGGUGAUCAGCUAAUUGUUAUUAUCUUUUUUUUAAUUGUUGUAAAAUGACUAAGCAAACGAUUAAACUGUGCUCUUUGUUAUUAAAGGAAUACUACCAACUACCAUUGAAACCGAAGAUGAGUUUAGAGCUAUGCAGAAAAGUGCAAUAAGUGGCCUGGUAAAGUCAGAGAAUGAAACAUCAGAACCUGCAACUAAAAGACAAAGGAAAGAGCCUCAGGCUAAAGAAGAUGUUUACUAUAUGGUUAAUCCCGAUCAAUUUCAUCUUUAUUUACGUGAUAUGACAAUUUUAGAGGAUUAAAGGCUCAUUAUGACGAUGAGAAAGCAGCUCAAUUGGUCCAAGUUAUGCUUCGAUUAAGUCAAUCGUCUCCCUGGACAAAGGAAACAAUUGCAAUCAGUAAAAGCGAUAUUGUCUCUCAUUGUCUUCGAGAAAAUUUAUUCCCAUCUCGAGAUAUUGUUGAUGAAUAUCUUCUCUUCCUUACCGAUGAUGAUACUCGAUUUGUUGUCAAAGUCGAUGAAAGAUCUCACAAUUCGAAACUCACUAAUCAGUUUGAUAAUCCGAUUAUUGGUAUUGUGCUGAUGCAAAAGCGGGAAAACCGAAUGUCCUCCGUCUCUCUUAAUCACUAUUUUCUCCCUCUCUUUUUCUCUCUUUUUCUCCCUUCUUUAAUCUCCCCUCCCCAAACAGCGUAUUUACCAUGAGAUGAGAAUCUUUGACCUCCAUGUAAAGUGAAUAUCUUCUUGAAUUUUCCUCUUUUCCUCAACCUCCUACUUCCUACUUUCUUUUACCUUUUAUUUUCCCUCAGCGGGGCUUUCCCGCCUCUCAAUUUUUCCCCUCUUCAUCCAUCGUGGACACAAAAUUGAAACAAACUAACCAUGAGUUCAUCGGUAGAUCCAUCAGUGAAUACAGUGACCCUUCAAGUCGUAGGUCGUCCACGUUCCCAUACAAUAGUAAGUAUGGUCAACAAGUGUUUGGUCUUCGGUAUCAACGCGAUCAGCUCAAGUGAAAAAUCAGCCGUUCAGGCUAAACAAGUUUCCCUCGUUCUCAUGAAUGGAUUAGAACCCGUGCCAAUAUUAAAUCGUCUUAAUCUAAAUGUUCAAAGAGGAACAAUUUAUGGGCUUUUAGGUCCAUCAGGCUGAAAAACUUCAUUCCUACGAUGUCUCAUCGGUUUCCAGGCCAUUUCAUCAGGUAAGAUAAGUGUCUUUGGUUACCCUCCAGGCGAUGAAAGAUCAGGUGUUCUCGGGAGAGGUUUAGGUUACAUGCCACAAGAUUUGGCUCUACACGAGUACCUGUCCAUAGGUGAACUGUUGACAUACUAUGGUAACUUGUACCUAAUCGAAACGGAGACACUUAAAAAACGAAUCGAUCGUCUUAUAACCUCCCUUGAUCUUCCGGAUAAAGAUCGUCUUGUGAUCAAUUUAAGUGGUGGACAACGUAGACGUGUCUCUUUUGCACUGACCAUUGUCCAUAAGCCAAGAUUACUCAUCUUGGAUGAACCAACAGUGGGCUGUGAUUCAAUACUUCGUGAACGUAUUUGGGAAUUGUUGACACACUUUUCAACCGUUGACAGAAUAACGGUAAUCAUUACAACCCAUUAUAUUGAGGAGGCUCGACGUUCCCAUCGAGUCGGUUUCAUGAGAACGGGGUCAAUUCUAGUUGAAGAUUCACCCACUGAGUUAAUGGACAGAAUGGGUUUUAAUACAUUGGAAAAAGUGUUUCUAGCUCUUGUAAUGGACAACAAAACAAAAGACACAUUUAUUAAUAAUAAUCAAAAAAAUCAACUAAUUGUUAACGUUCAACAACAACGAACAUCAUUUGUUAAUGUUAAUCUAGAAGAUGAAGAUGAAAUUUCAAGUGAUGAGAUUAAUUAUGAUGAUAGUGAUUCAAAUGAUUGUGCCAACGGUAAACAAAGACCUCGAUCAGUUUCAUAUACCUUGACAAUAGCACCGAUUAAAUAUCCAAUGUCCGAAGUGUCCGAGAUUAUGGUUGAUUAUAAGAAACCAAUUCCCGUGAGACGGAAAAAUUUAGAGACUCGAUUACUAUUCUGGUACUGCACUUUGAUCAUCGUAAUUCAAAACUUCGCCAUGCAAAUUAAACGCACACCAACAACGAUAAUUGUUCAAUUUGUGAUUCCGUUAAUUUCCUUAAUGUGUUUCUGUAUGUUUGUUGGUCAAAUACCUUACGAUUUGAAACUUGGUGUGGUCAAUAAUGAAUCUACCGUUAAUCGGUAUGUUUUUACCCAAGUGCCUUUCGAUUCGGCUGAGAAGGCGAAAAUUGCAGGUAAAACUCAAUCGAUCGUCGGUUGGAUUGAGAUUCCUGAAAAUUUUACUUCCGCUUUGAUUCAACGUUAUCGUAAACCCGAUGAGUUUACCAAUAAAACUCACGAUGAUUCAACCAUCUUAUUACAUCUCGAUGUUACUAAUUGGCCGAUUUCCUUGACCAUUGAAAGAUCGUUCCAACAAGCUUACCUUGAUUUCGUUCAGAAAAUGAUGACCCACCUUGGUCGUAAUCGGGCAAUCACCAAGAUACCUGUGGAUGUACCUGAGGUUGUCUAUGGAUCGUUGGAGACCAAUGAUUUCUCAGGAUUUCGAGAAUUUGUUUCCGUCGGGAUUUUGGUCAUCAUUUCGUAUACGAUCGCUUUUGAUGUGACCAUUUUGAUCGUGCUUUUGGAGAAGGUCAGUCUCAUAUUCGAGAGAAACUUUUCCGCAGGAACAUCAGAAGUAUCCAUGAUAACAUCAUUAUCCAUUCUGUCAACAAUUAAAACGAAUCACAAAAAUACGGAAAACAAAAGAAAUUAAAUAAAAUUGAACAUACAAUUAAUCCAACAAAUGGAAACAAAAUC